AUGUCCAAAAACCAUCGAAGGCUCCGGGCAAUAUCCUGCAGGCUCGCGACGUCGGACAGGGGGAGGCACAAGGGAGGAAGAGACGCGUCAUCAGCGUUGCCAACCUCACCCAAAUCUGAAGGCCGCGCAUACUUCCAGCUAGCAUCGCGUAAACCGCCGCCAAAUCGUCCUUCACCUACCGCUUCACACAGAGAAAGAGAAUUCUGGCCAGAAUAUAGCCGGGAAAACGACAGAACCGCAUCUUUGACCUCAAUUCCGGGCGAGUCCAACCACAAACCUAGUCAUCGACAAUCCCCCGCCCUAUCUGGAGCGCAUACAUCUUCUUCGCCUACGCCUUCACGCCCCAGCUCGGGGUCUCAAGCCUUAUUUCCACGAUCAAAAAAUGAAUUAAGUUUCAAUUCGAUCCCAGAUACGUCUCUCAAAUCACAACAAACUCCCCCCAUUGCGAAAAGGGAUGUAAAGCGGGCGUUUAGCGAUCUCCUUGAGCAUAACCACCGAUAUGAAGCUUUUUUUGCGGAAUCGAUUGCGCUGCAAACACAAAAUGAGUAUUUAUCUCGGAUGCGCAGUGCGGCCACGAAGGAUCUCAAGUCUGUGCGUGAAGAACUUUCCGCUACAGCAGCGCAAUUGGCAUCUGCUAGGUCGGACCUCGCCGGCGCUCUUCCACUGUUGAAAUCAACGGAGAAUGAAUUAAGCACCGCCAAGUCUGACCUCGCCUUGACACGCUCGAAUCUUGCGGAUGCCGUCGCCGAAAUUUCGUCCCUCAAAACUUCUUUGGAGCAAAUGUCGCAUUCUUGUGAGCAGGAAAAGUUGGGGAAGGAAGUUGUUGAAAAGAGGCUCGUCACGGCGAAGCAAGGUCUGGCGACUCUCCGAGAUAACUACGAGUCACUUCAUUCUUCCUUUGUCGCUCUUGGAAAGUCUCAUGAGGCUUCGAAAGUUUCGCUUUCACAAGCUGUCGCCGAGGCGACUGAGAUUAAGCGGUCUGCAGCGGAUGCCUUGACCAGUGUCAAACCUCUCCUUGAAGCAGGCGGUGGCCUUUCUCGCGCAUCUGAAAUGAGAGACACUAUUCAAGAACUCCAGGGAGAGUUGGGGUCAUCGUGUGACUGA